UUUCAAUUAAUCCAUCAUUUCAACUGUUUAAAUUAUCAGUUUUAUUCGAAAACGACGAUUUAUUAAUCCAAUUAUGUAUUUCAAUAUUUUCAUCGUGAUGUAUCUAACUAGAAGUCUUUCAAACGCAAUUCUUUUCGAAUUUCCACCUUUGGACGAGGACUCGUUAUUAACUAAUUUAGCAUCGAAACGUUCGAAAAUGUUGUUUAAACAUAAUACAUAUAAUGAUAAAGGUAUGGACUUGGAAAGUUUUAAAUACCUAUGGACUCUUUUUGAACCGAUACAUAAGUUGCAAGAUAGAGACAUUGAAAAUUUAUUCAUUGAAGUAGUUAAUAAUAGAGACGGAUUAAUGACAUUGAAUAAAUUUUUAACACAAACGCUAAAUGUUGUACAAACAAUUGAGAGUAAAUUAAAAACUAUUUAUACAAAUUAUCAGUACCAAGAUAAUAAGAUGUCCAAAAAAAAAUUUUUUGAAGCUAUAAGAGAAAUUGGUCUUGAUAUCCCAGAGAAUAUCGCUAAUGAAAUAAUAACUGAAGAACGAGAUUUCGACUUUUUAGAAUUCAGAUACAUGUUUGCGAAAUUAUAUCACCAAUCACUUAGAAUAAACAAUAUGACUAAUCGAACUAUUAUAUUUGUUGAGCCUUUAAUGGAAGUCUGAAAAAGAAAAAUCUAUGAACAAAUAAAAAGGAUCAUCAUUAUUAUAAUUCAAUUUUCAAAAAGAGUGAACCAUCAUGAGAAAAGUGACCUCUCUUGCAAUAUAGACAAUAAUUAUGAACAAUUUAAAAAAUUUUCAAUUCUAUUAAAUGCAAAUACAACACUAUAACUUCGAUAAUUGGAGUCCACUUGACUUUCAUAAAAUGAACUGUAAAUGUGAUUAUGACACGAAUAAAUAUUAAUAUAUAAUAUUUAAGCUGUACGAAAAAUAGAUCAAUCGAAUAAAACUUUAAGUAAGCAAAACAUGUUAAAGUAUGGAACACAAUGACAUCUAUGAACAAUAAUUACUUCUAAUGACCAUCAAUCUUCUCAAAAUGAAACAUAUAACAUUUAUUCUGAUGCAAAAAAAGAUAUAUAUAUAUUAGGCUGGUCCU